AUGGAACCACUAACCUCUGGACGUUCAAUCAUAUCUUUCACAACUUCCCAAUCCUCGUCUCAGACCCGAGACGAAUUAUCUUCGUCCCCGCCUAUCGACAUGCAAGUGAUCUACAGUGGAGGUUCGGCUACACCGAGCCCUUCGCCGCGGGCCCUUCGUAAAGACAUGCAUACCAGCGGAUAUAUCCGACCAGUCAUGCCGGCCUAUGUCAUGCGUAGUCUACCACCGCCGUCAUUCGCUAAAUGUCAGUCGAGAGUCAAACCAUCAGAUAAUAAAGACGCAACAUUGAGGAAUGUUAUUCCAGCCAUGUCCAAGCCAGUGGCCGUCACAUGCCUCGUGUGCAACAUAUUUUUCCCGGGACUCGGAACUUUUAUCUCCGGGUUAACACUGAUGUGCGGGUCGCAGGUGCGUCCACCCGAGAAAACCCGUUCCAGUAUAAUAUGGACCAACACUUGGGUGGCCGGUCUCCAACUCAUUACAACGUUCUUGUUCCUGCUCGGGUGGAUUUGGAGUAUUACUUGGGGUAUAGCAUUCCUUUCCAUUUCAGAUGAUUACAAUUCAAAGAUUCAAGCAAAGAACGCCAUGAUUGACGCGGCGAAAAACAGUUGCCAUAGAAACGGCGCUACCAGCAGUAACCGCGGCAGCAACACGACGAUGAGGACGACGACGACAACGACGACGAAUAAGAAGCCGGCAGAUGACGUCAUGAUCGCACUCAGAGACACUCCAACGAUGCCUGUGUGA